AGCUGUACCACUGGGUGGACCUGCUGGACCGCUUCGACGCGUUGCUGGCCGAGGCGGGCCGGCCGGUAGAGGCCAUGAGCUGGAUGCUGGCCUGCGACCGGCCCGAGCGCCAGCCCCUCAAAGCCCUGCUGCUGGCCCUGCUCAACUUCACGGCCCUGCUCAUCGAGUACAGCUUCUCCCGCCACCUCUACAGCUCCAUCGAGCACCUGACCACGCUGCUGGCCUCCUCGGACAUGCACGUGGUGCUGGCCGUGCUCAACCUGCUCUACGUGUUCAGCAAACGCUCCAACUACAUCACCCGCCUGGGCUCCGAGCGCCGCGGGCCCCUGCUGGCCCGCCUGCAGCACCUGGCCGAGAGCUGGGGUGGAAAGGAGAAUGGAUUUGGGCUGGCUGAGUGCUGCCGGGACCUGCACAUGAUGAAAUACCCCCCCAGUGCCACCACCCUGCACUUCGAGUUCUACGCUGAGCCGGGUGUCGAGGUGAAGGUGGACAAGAGGGCCACCAGCACCACCCUGCACUACAUCCACAUCGAGCAGCUGGACAAGAUCUCAGAGAGCCCAUCAGAGAUCAUGGAGUCCCUGACCAAGAUGUACAGCAUCCCCAAGGACAAGCAAAUGCUGCUGUUCACCCACAUCCGUCUGGCCCACGGCUUCUCCAACCACAAGAAGCGGCUGCAGGCGGUGCAGGCGCGGCUCCAUGCCAUCUCCAUCCUGGUGUACUCCAACGCGCUGCAGGAGUCGGCCAACAGCAUCCUGUACAACGGGCUGAUCGAGGAGCUGGUGGAUGUGCUGCAGAUCACCGACAAGCAGCUGAUGGACAUCAAGGCAGCCUCCCUGCGGACGCUGACGUCCAUUGUGCACCUGGAGCGGACGCCGAAGCUCAGCAGCAUCAUCGACUGCACCGGCACCGCCUCCUACCACGGCUUCCUGCCCGUGCUGGUGCGCAACUGCAUCCAGGCCAUGAUCGACCCUUCCAUGGAGCCCUACCCCCACCAGUUUGCCACGGCGCUCUUCUCCUUCCUGUACCACCUGGCCAGCUACGACGCAGGCGGCGAGGCGCUGGUCUCGUGCGGCAUGAUGGAGGCGCUGCUCAAGGUGAUCAAGUUCCUGGGGGACGAGCAGGACCAGAUCACGUUCGUCACGCGGGCGGUGCGGGUGGUGGAUCUCAUCACCAACCUGGACAUGGCCGCCUUCCAGUCACACAGUGGGCUGUCCAUCUUCAUCUACCGCCUGGAGCACGAGGUGGACCUGUGCCGCCGUGAGUGUCCCUUCGUCAUCAAGCCCAAAGUGCAGCGCCCGCCCGCUGCCACUCUGCCCGAGGGUGAGGACAUGGAGACGGACAUGGAAGUGACCGAUGUGACCAUGGAGAGCAGCCCCGGCCCCUCAGCCGAAACCCGGCCGGACCCGGUGCCACCAGCCCCACCCGCCGUGCCCAGCACCAGUGCUGCCACUCCCUCCCCACGUGGCGGAGUGCAGUGCAUCCCCCAGCGCGCCGCUUUGCUCAAAUCCAUGCUGAACUUCCUCAAAAAAGCCAUCCAAGACCCCGCCUUCUCUGACGGCAUCCGGCACGUGAUGGACGGCUCGCUGCCCACCUCGCUGAAGCACAUCAUCAGCAACGCCGAGUACUACGGCCCCUCGCUGUUCCUGCUGGCGACCGAGGUGGUGACGGUCUUCGUGUUCCAGGAGCCCUCGCUGCUGUCCUCGCUGCAGGACAACGGCCUCACUGACGUCAUGCUGCACGCUCUGCUCAUCAAGGAUGUGCCGGCGACGCGGGAGGUGCUGGGCUCUCUGCCCAACGUGUUCAGCGCGCUGUGCCUGAAUGCGCGGGGGCUGCAGAGCUUCGUGCAGUGCCAGCCCUUCGAGCGCCUCUUCAAGGUGCUGCUGUCCCCCGACUACCUGCCCGCCAUGCGCCGCCGCCGCAGCUCCGACCCCCUGGGUGACACAGCCUCCAACCUGGGCAGCGCCGUGGACGAGCUGAUGCGACACCAGCCCACGCUCAAGACCGAUGCCACCACCGCCAUCAUCAAGCUGCUGGAGGAGAUCUGCAGCCUGGGCCGGGACCCCAAGUACAUCUGCCAGAAGCCAUCGAUGCAGAAGGCGGACGGGACGGCGGCCGCGCCGCCCCCGCGCUCGCCCCACGCCGCCGAGGAGGCCUCGAGCGAGGAUGAGGAGGAGGAGGAAGUGCAAGCCAUGCAGAGCUUCGGGGCUGCCCAGCAGAGCGAGGCAGAGCCCAGCCAGACCGUGGUGGGCACGGAGGAACGCAUCCCCAUCCCCCUCAUGGACUACAUCCUCAACGUG